AUGGAGUCGACAAAUAAUGCGCGUGGUAUCAAAAGGAGUGGAAGCGAGAAUGAGGAUGAAGAAGGAAAUCUGGUUUCGGUAGUUGGCGAUGGCAGGAUGGCGUAUUAUAUUGGAAACCGGAUGCCACCCCAGAUCGAUCAUAAGACAAGGAGUGAACAAACAGAAUCUCCGAAUAUGAUAUGGCCAGCCGAGAAAAGUGAAAAGUACCCAAAGAAAAAAAAAAUCAAAAGAAAGAAGGAAGGGGGAGAGGGAUGA